UAUAAGGGGGCAGGUGCCCACUGAGCAUUGCACAUAGGCAACAUGGGCAAACUACUGAUUUGUGUUGGACUGGCUCUCCUGCUGCACGUGCAGCUAGGAUCCUCCUACAUCCUGUCAUGUUACUUCACCAACUGGGGACAGUACAGGCCUGGUGCAGGAAAGUACUUCCCCACCAACGUUGACCCAUGCCUGUGUGACCACCUGAUCUACGCCUUUGCUGGCAUGAACAACAACGAGAUUGCCACUUACGAGUGGGAUGAUGUCAAGCUCUACGGCGAGUUCCAGGCCCUGAAGAACCAGAACAGCAACCUGAAGACCCUUCUGGCUAUUGGUGGCUGGAACUUUGGUACCGCCAAGUUCUCUGCUAUGGUGGCUUCCUCUGCUAACCGUCAGACCUUCAUCAGCUCUGUGAUCAAGUUCCUGAGGCAGUACGAGUUCGACGGUCUGGAUAUUGACUGGGAGUACCCUGGAUCCCGUGGCAGCCCUGCUCAGGACAAACAGCUCUACACCACUCUUAUGCAGGAAAUGAUGGCUGCUUUCGUUGCUGAGGGCAAGCAGACCAACCGUGCUCGUCUGAUGCUGACCGCUGCCGUUUCUGCUGGCAAGAGCACCAUCGACUCUGGAUACCAGAUCUCCCAGCUUGGCCAGAUCCUGGACUACUUCCACGUCAUGACCUAUGACUUCCACGGCUCCUGGGAGACACAGACUGGUGAGAACAGCCCCCUGUACCAAGGACCAGCUGACACAGGCUCUUACAUCUACUUCAACGUUAACUACGCCAUGAACUACUGGAAGAGCAACGGUGCCCCCGCAGAGAAACUGCUCGUCGGCUUCCCCACCUACGGACACACCUUCAUGCUGUCCAGCUCUUCCAACACCGGUGUCGGAGCCCCCACUGCUGGACCUGGACCCGCUGGAACCUACACCAGGCAGUCUGGAUUCUGGGCUUACUAUGAGAUCUGUACCUUCCUGGCUCAGGGAGCCACUCAGGCCUGGGACACUCCCCAGGAUGUGCCAUACGCCUACAGCAGCAGCAACGUCUGGGUCGGCUAUGACAACAUCAAGAGCUUCAACAUUAAGAUUGAUUGGCUGAAGAAGAACAACUUCGGUGGUGCCAUGGUUUGGUCUCUGGAUCUGGACGACUUCAGCGGAACCUUCUGCAACCAGGGCAAAUACCCUCUGAUCAACACCAUCAAGACCGGCCUGGGAACUGGACAGAGUUGCACCGCCCCUUCCAACCCCCUGCCCCCAGUUACCGCCGCCCCAGCCACUGCUGCCCCAGCCUCUGGUGGAGGCAGCAGCGGUGGCAGCAGCGGUGGCAGCUCCAGCGGCGGCAGUGGCUUCUGUGCUGGCAAGUCCAACGGCCUGUACCCCAACCCCACCAACAAGAACCAGUUCUACAGCUGCGACCAGGGCAAAACCUACCUCGAGCACUGCGCCACCGGCCUGGUCUUCGAUUCUUCCUGCUCUUGCUGUAACUGGGCUUAAACCCAAGUCCGGAAGUUUGGAGUUCCCCCAGGCUACUCUGCACGUGAUUCGUCUGAUUGGUCAAUAGUAAUGUUAAUCUAUGUUCCAAAAUAAAGGAAAAUCCAGCAAAGCCAAAUCCUA